AUGGCCGAUGAACGUUCUCGUCGGGGCCUGAAUCCUAACGCCCAAACAUUCAUACCAAAUCCAGCUGCUCGUCCGUUCGUCCCUGGACAGCCAUACGUUUUCACGACACAACCUCCGCCAAUGUAUCAUCAUCUGCCACCACCUGUCGUUCAGGGAAAUUAUCCGGUAUAUCAGCAGUAUGGUCAGAUGGGGUCAACCAACGUAGCGCAGCAUAUGGCACCAUCAUCAGUUACUACCCCGACGUAUCAUCAACCGGUUGCUACAACUGCUGCACCUUCGACGGAGAUGCAUCCAAAUGCAUCAACUACACAACGUGUAUCCUCUUCACAACAACAGCAACAACAAGUUCCUAUUGAUGCUUGGGAUGACGAAGCAGAUGAAAAAGAAGAAGUGAUAGGAAAAAGGGAAGAAAUGGUAAAAGAAGAAGCGAUGAAAAAUGGUUCUUCACUUGAAAAAAAGGAGCAAGAACCGGUGAAACCUAUGGAUUUGGAAACAGUGAAGCCAGAAAACACCAAAAACAAAGCAAACAGUUUGCCGGUUACAAAGGAAAUAGAUGACGAAGAUGCAGCAUUAUCCGUAAAGUUCAAGCAUGCUGCUUAUAUAGAUGACAGCAGUCGGAAGGAGCACGUCAAUAUGGUUUUUAUUGGGCACGUUGAUGCUGGUAAAUCUACGAUUGGUGGACAUCUAAUGUAUCUUACGGGAAUGGUGGAUAAGCGUACACUGGACAAAUAUGAAAGAGAAGCAAAGGAUAAAGGAAGAGAAUCGUGGUUUGUCUUAAUGAUUCAUGGUGUAACUUCAAAAACAAACUCGAUUUGUUGUGGGAUUAGUCCAUGGUCUUCUUAUUUUCGGUAUCUGUCAUGGGCAUUGGAUACGAAUGAUGAAGAGCGGGAAAAGGGCAAGACCGUUGAGUGUGGACGCGCAUUUUUUGAAACUGAUAAGAAACAUUUUACAAUUCUGGAUGCACCUGGACACAAAUCAUUUGUACCAAAUAUGAUUAGUGGAGCAACACAAGCAGACCUAGCCGUAUUGGUCAUCAGUGCUCGAAAAGGUGAAUUUGAAACCGGUUUUGAUCGAGGUGGCCAAACGCGUGAGCAUGCGAUGUUGGUCAAAACUACUGGCGUGAAGUAUCUUAUUGUGCUAGUCAAUAAAAUGGAUGAUCCUACUGUCAACUGGGAUGAGGAAAGGUACAAGGAAAUUCAAAACAAACUUACACCUUAUUUACGGAAGUGUGGCUUCAACCCGAAAACGGAUAUUAUAUAUAUUCCAGUUUCUGGGCUUACCGGAGCAUUUCUGAAGGAAAGGCCAAAUUCCCAAUUCGGUUCUUGGUACACUGGUCCAUGCUUCAUUGAAUAUAUUGACACCAUGUUACCGUCAAUUAGUCGUGAUUAUGAAGGACCAGUACGAGUUAUUAUUGCUGAUAAAUACAGUGAUAUGGGCACUAUAAUUAUCGGAAAAAUGGAAUCAGGUGUUUUAGUUAAAGGCCAAACGUUAACAGUUAUGCCAAAUAGGACAAGCAUUCAAGUAAUUCAACUGUGGUCGGAUGACGUGGAAGUUGACAAAGUGGUUUCUGGUGAUAAUGUGAAGCUAAAGUUGAAGGGAAUUGAAGAUAAUGACAUUUUGCCCGGUUUUGUGUUGUGCUCUCCAGAUGCACUAUGUCACGUGGGAAGAGUUUUUGAUGCUGAAGUUGUUAUUCUGGAUCAUAAAUCAAUAAUCGCGUCUGGUUAUUCUUGUGUGCUACAUAUCCAAUCGGCAACUGAAGAAGUUAUCGUGAAGGCAGUAAUUUGUACAAUUGACAAGAAAACAGGAAAUAAGGUGAGAGCAAGAUUCGUGAAGCAAGAUGAAAAGUGUAUAAUGCGGUUGGAAAGUUCAGAAUCAUUCUGUCUUGAAGCAUUCAAAAACUUUCCACAAAUGGGACGUUUUACGCUACGAGAUGAAGGCAAAACAAUAGCUAUUGGGAAAGUGCUGAAAGUUGUAGAAUGA